AUUUCCGCAACCGCAGAGAUGGCCCGGGGUGACAAGCGAAAGCGCGACGAGCAUGACGAUGGCGAGGACCACCAUGCGCAAGAGAAGCACUCGACGCAGGGCUCUGGCGACGAGUCCGAUACCUCGGACGAAGAAAAGCCGUUGAAGCCCGUGCCCGAGGCGUCGACGCGCCGCGAGCUCAAAGAAGGCGAACCUGGCUCGCUCACGGGCCGGCCACUGCGCUUGUUUGCGGAUGGCAUUUUCGAUCUCUUCCAUUUUGGCCACGCCCGCGCGCUGCAGCAAUGCAAGCAGGCGUACCCGAACGUGUACCUUCUCGUGGGCUGCUGCAACGACGAGAUGACGCACCGCCUAAAGGGCCGCACGGUCAUGUCGGAAGAAGAGCGCUACGAGUCGCUGCGCCACUGCAAGUGGGUCGACGAGGUCAUUGAAGGCUCGCCGUGGGUGCUUACGGACGAGUUUCUCGACAAGCACCAGAUCGACUACGUGUGCCACGACGCGAUCCCGUACACGGACUCAAGCGGCCAGAGCGGCGACGGCGGCGAUGUCUACGCCCACAUCAAGGCCAUUGGCAAGUUCCACGAGACGCAGCGCACAGACGGCAUCUCGACGAGCGACCUGAUCAUUCGCAUCAUCAGCGAAUAUGACACGUUCAUCCGACGCAACCUCCAGCGCGGCUACUCAGGCAAGGAGAUGAACGUGCCCUUUAUGAAGGAGAAGGCCAUCAAGCUCGACAUGGCUAUGGACAAGGUCAAGCACGACAUUGAAGACUACUUCCACAAGGUCUUUGGCAAGGCCGACGACGUCCAGCACUCCUUCUUGAACCUCUUCUCCAAGGAAGGCGCGCUCCGCACGUCGCUCCGGAAACGGCGAAAGAUUCUGCGCGAAAGCCUCGCCGACAUGGCGCGCGAAGGUUUGUGCUAAGUGCUUUGCCGACGCCGAUUGGUCGAAAUUAAUAUAAAUACCACACCGUCCGUGUCCA